AUGUACAAAGGUUUCUCACGAAUAUGGACAGUUUAUAGCAUAGAAAGAUUGCAGCCAUGUGUAUCUAAUCUGGUGGUUGGUGUUUUAAAUCCGCAAACUGAAAGACUCGGUCGUAUAGGUUAUGUUUUUAAGAGAACUAAGAAACAUGAUAAGGGACCUACGUCUUUAUUCGUACCUGUGCCGGUAAAACCAAACCCAGAUGAUAUAAACGUAGGAGAAGAAUUCACGGGCCGUUUGAAGAAACAAGAUUUAUUAAAAAUAUUAAACAAAUUCUACCAAAAGCCAGAGGUUAGAGUUUUAGCAUCGGAAAAUGGUCUCGACGAUCAAAUAUUGCAUCAGGCCUUUUUAUCUUUUAGAAGACAUUGUUUAGAACAUGAUUUACCUCCAGAUUUACAUAUAACAAUAAGUGAUAUUUUAGUAGGUGCAGGUAAUGUGAAUGACCUGUUUCCAUAUUUCCUUAGACAUGCUAGGCUCGCAUUCCCACAUUUAGAUUGUUUAGAUGAUCUUAAAAAAAUAUCAGAUUUAAGGACACCAGCCAAUUGGUAUCCCGAAGCGAGGAAUAUAAAUAGAAAAAUUAUAUUCCAUGCCGGCCCCACAAAUUCUGGGAAGACCUACCAUGCUAUGGAAAAAUUCCUUGCAGCAAAAUCUGGGGUAUACUGUGGACCUUUGAAGUUGUUAGCAACAGAAAUCUAUCAUAAAUCAAAUAGUAAGGGUACCCCAUGUGAUUUAAUAACCGGUGAAGAGAGACGGCAUGCGUCUCAGUAUAAGUCAUUAGUAGAUAAUGUAGAAGAUAAUAAGGAAUUAGAUCAAGAGCCGUUCUUAUUGGAAGAACCUGUAUUAACACCUUCCAAACAUGUAGCGUGUACAGUGGAAAUGACUUCGUUGAAUGAUACUUAUGAUGUAGCAAUCAUUGAUGAAAUUCAAAUGUUGGGUGACAAAGGUAGAGGAUGGGCGUGGACUAGGGCUGUUUUAGGUCUCAAAGCUGAUGAAAUACAUUUAUGUGGUGAAGCGGGCGCUAUAAGUUUGGUUGAAGAAAUGUGUAACACAACCGGAGAAGAACUGGAGGUGAGAACAUAUAAACGUUUGACCGAGUUAAAGGUUGAGAGUAGUGCUUUGGGCACAUUAGACAAUGUUAAGGCCGGUGACUGUAUAGUUUGUUUCAAUAAGAAUGAUAUAUACAGUGUGAGUCGAGCUAUUGAACAGAGGGGUCGUGAAGUGGCUGUAAUAUAUGGUAGUUUGCCACCCGGGACUAAACUUGCUCAAGCAAAUAAGUUCAAUGAUCCGGAAAGUUCUUGUAAAGUUAUGGUCGCUACUGACGCUAUAGGACUCGGUAUUAAUUUGAGUAUACGUCGUAUAAUAUUUUAUUCUCUCAUCAAGCCAGUGAUAAAUGUUGACGGAGACAAGGAGAUGGAUGUUAUAAGUAUAUCACAAGCGCUGCAAAUAGCAGGUCGAGCUGGUAGAUACGGCAGUGCUUGGGAGACGGGUUAUGUAACUACCUUCAAGUCUGAAGACCUCGCGACUCUCAAAAUGCUAUUAUCCCAGCCUCCCGACCCCGUGACCCAAGCUGGUCUGCAUCCCACGGCUGAACAGAUGGAGUUAUAUGCCUACCACCUACCACACGCUAGCCUGAGCAGUCUCAUGGAUAUCUUCGUGCACCUCUGCACGGUGGACGCCACCCUAUACUUCAUGUGUAACACGGAAGGCUUCAAGUUCUUGGCGGAGAUGAUUCAGCACGUGCCGCUGCCGCUGAGGGCUCGCUACGUGUUCUGCUGCGCGCCCAUCAAUAAUAAACUGCCGUUCGUAUGCGCCACCUUCCUCAAGAUGGUCCGUCAGUACAGUCGCAAUGAGCCCAUCACUCGCAACUGGAUGACUAAUGUUGUGGACUGGCCACUACCAGCGCCCAGGACUAUAAUGGACCUUGUACACCUGGAAGCAGUAUUUGAUGUACUAGAAUUAUACUUAUGGCUCAGUUAUCGUUUCCCAGACAUGUUCCCAGACGUGAGGCUGGUCCGUGAGAUGGAGGUUGAACUUGACGCUAUCAUACAGCAGGGAAUCUUCCAGAUAACGAGAUUAUUAAGGAAUUCAGAGCCGGUCCUUGAAGGUGAGACAGAUAUGAAAGAUUAUGGCAAAGGGAAAAAAUUACAUUUACACUCGAGACAUGACGACUCAAAGGGAAAGUUAUCAGAAAUGCUUGUUUCAAAGGGCUUAAUAACACCACAGAUGCUAAAGAAGCUACAACAAGAAUUGAGCACAGAUAAAACAGAAAAAAGAACAAAGGGACGGAAUAGAAGGAAGUAG